AAAUACUAUUCAUUCAAACAAUCACUUCAUUUGAUCCCAAGAUAUGGCACAACAGAUGAAAUACAAGAAGACAUCACUCGAGACCACAGAUGACGGCAAUGAAGACAAUAAACAGUUACAGAUAUACUCGAAGAACUCAAUGGACAGAUUCGGUGAUGACAUGUAUGGACUCAUUUUAUCCUAUUUCUCAAUCGAAGACCGAUUUCAAUGCGAAUGUGUGUCCAAACAGUUCCAGAGGACAGUCUUCAGGAGUGUUGUCGACAUUACUCUUAACGACAGAAUUAUUAAGAGAUUACGGAAGGAGAAGACAAUUGACUCGCAAUUGUUGGCCACAAUUGCCAUAAAGUGUCCAAACAUUCAGACCAUUGACUGCCGAGGAAUAGACACGGAAUUUGAAGAACACAUUCCGGAAGUGUUGAACACAUUUCGAGACAAUUGCCGGCAUUUGAGGGAAAUUUACCGCAACUUAUAUCCAAUGAAUAGGCCAUCAAUGGCCGCAUUGGGACCACUGGUCACACGAAUCGGGCACUUAUUCCCAACAGAGACGCGAGCGCUCACUCAUUGUCACCGAUUGUCACACUUAGGGAUGAGUUAUUUACAGCACGCCUUCGACUUUAACCAAUCGGAUCAACUGAUUGUCAAAAAUGUGCGUCAAUUAGAUUAUUUACAGCACGCCUUCGACUUUAACCAAUCGGAUCAACUGAUUGUCAAAAAUGUGCGUCAAUUAGAGUUGAAAUUUUAUGAAGAAUCCGAUGGACACCGAUUGGCGACGAUUGUGGCCGCGAAUCAGUGCCUCCAGAGUGUGAAAGUAAUGUGUUAUUGUGUUUCAUCGCACGAAUCGUUGCCCGAAAUGUGCGCCCAAUUGUCACGAUUAACACAAUUACGGCGAUUGAGUCUCGGUUUGUUGAUAGCGAGCCCUCACAUCUCAGUGCACGACUCGUUGCGCACAAUUGGCGUGAAUUGCAAACAAUUGCAACGAUUGUCACUCAAGUUGUCUGGAGUACACGUUUGGCAGGCAUUGAUUCAAUCAGUGGAUUGGUUAAGGUUUUACAGCCGAUUAAAAUGGUUGCGUUUAGAGAUCUAUGCGGCCAUCGAUGACCAGUUGUUAAAACCGUUGCGACACUGCAAGAGUUUAACGCAUUUAGAGCUCUAUAUAAGAGAAAUGACAGCAAAUGUGUUGAAAGAUUUGCAUUUAAAGUGUCCGCGACUUCAAUACCUAUUCGUUUGUGAAUUCUAUAACAUUAUAGACACCGAGUAUUUGUCUCACAUCUCAAGACUACCGGCGCUGCAAAUGCUUGUCAUUCAAUGCCGUCAAGACAUUAAUCUCUCGGAUAUGAAUGCUGUGUUGUCUUCGAGUCCUAAACUCAAGACAAUUGAAAUCCGUGUAAACAAUGAGAAGAAGUUUUAUUAUAAGUAA